AGAAAAAGCGUAGAUCAAAGACGAAUGCGUUGUGCGGUCAUUGCGGAAGCUAUAAAUUCCAAUUUCCAGGAAACGACAACUCUGCACUGAUUUCGGUUACUGCAACUAACUUCUCCCAAUUCUCUCUUUUUCUUCUCAUUCUCUGCUAACUCGCUCUCCUUAACUCAGUACUCCGACUUUUGAUCACUAAUCAAUUUCGGCUGAAAGUCUCCAAUGCUGUAAAUUCUACUUUCAAUUUACUCCUUCUCUGCUUCUGCAGAAAGAUAUCUCUAAUUCAGUAAGGAAAAAUUAUCCUCCUUGAGAAGAUUCUGUGCUGUUCUCUGGUUCAGAAUCCUUUUUCUUCUGCAAGAUUUUAUGGCUACUCUUUCUCCUUUCCAUACAAUAGGGUCCCAUUGCCUAAACUUGGGAGCCAAUGAACUGUCUAAAUCGGCUAUUACCAGUUGUGUUUGUAAAAGCAAAGUGGGACAGAGCCUUCAGAGAAUAGAUGUAGGAAGAAAGCUUUUACCUGGAGAAGUUGUACAUAAUGUCGCUCAAUCUCCUCGUUGGAGUCUUGAUUUGAGAUGCUUUGCUGCAGCACGAGUUUCUGUUGAGCAAACUGAAGAAUCAGUCACUAAAACUAGCCAAGUUGAUGAACUUCAAAAGCAAUCGACUUAUCUCUUUCGAACAGAAACUGGUGGUCAGGUCAAAGUUUUUGUUUGCAAGAGAAGUGUCAAAUAUGUAGUAGAUAUUGAAGUUUCAUCCCUGCAGUUGUCCAGUGAUGACAGCCAGCUGAAGCUAAGUGGGGGCCUGUACAGAUCCAAUCAUGAUAUAAUAAACCAGAUCAUUGAAACCCCAUUUAUAGCAAGGUCUUCCAGUGAGUUGGCACUUGAGUUGGAGUUUGAAGCUAAAGAAGUCCCAUGCUACUUAUCGUUCUUGCUGAAAGCUUCAUCAGGUGCAAGUUCAAGUGGCUCAGAAAUCAGGAGUCAUAGGAAGUCUAGUUUUUGUGUACCGAUUGGUUUAGAUCAAGGGUAUCCAGCUCCAUUGGGUCUUUCCUUUUCAACAGAUGGUUCCAUGAACUUUGCAGUUUAUUCAAGAAACGCAGAAAGUUUGGUCCUGUGCUUGUAUGAUGAUAAUGCAUCAGAAAAACCUGCUUUAGAGCUUGACCUUGAUCCUUACGUUAAUCGGACUGGUAAUAUUUGGCAUGCUUCAAUAGAAGGUGCAUGGACUUUUGUGAGCUAUGGUUAUCGGUGCAAGGGAAACAGGGACACAUUCCAUGCAGAACAUGUUCUUUUGGAUCCUUAUGCUAAAAUAAUUGGGAGUUCCAUUCCUAAUCAUCAUGAGUCUGGUUUGCUCCCGAAACACCUUGGGCGACUAUGCAAGGAGCCUGCUUUUGACUGGAGUGGUGAUCUUUCUCCAAACAUACCUUUGGAACAAUUACUGGUGUAUCGGUUGAAUGUUAUGCAAUUUACUAAAGACAAAUCUAGUAAGCUACCAGCUGAUGUGGCAGGGACUUUCUCAGGUGUAACUGAGAAAGUACAGCAUUUAAAAGAUCUCGGCAUUAAUGCUGUCUUAUUAGAGCCAAUACUUACAUUCAGUGAGCAGAAGGGACCGUAUUUCCCAUGUCAUUUCUUUUCACCAGCAAACCUGUAUGGGCCUUCCAAUGUUUCUGUAUCUGCUAUCAACUCAAUGAAGGGGAUGGUUAAGAACUUGCAUGCCAAUGGGAUAGAGGUCUUCCUGGAAGUGGUUUUUACCCAUACUGCUGAGGGUGGAGCCCUGCAAGGACUUGAUGAUUUAUCCUAUUAUCACAAUAGUGUUGAAGAUUUAGAAGCUAGAAAUGCUUUGAAUUGUAACUAUCCCGUUGUUCAACAGUUUAUUUUAGAUAGCCUUCGGCAUUGGGUGACUGAAUUCCACAUUGAUGGUUUCUGUUUCAUCAAUGCUUCAUGUCUGUUGAGAGGGGUUCAUGGUGAACGCUUGUCUCGUCCUCCUUUGGUUGAAGCAAUAGCUUUUGAACCAGUGCUGUCCAUGACUAAAAUCAUUGCAGAUUGCUGGGAUCCAUAUGACAAGAUGCCAAAGGAGAUACGUUUUCCUCAUUGGAAAAAAUGGGCAGAAAUGAAUACAAAGUUUUGUUCCGAUAUAAGGAACUUUUUGAGAGGCCAAGGUGCUCUGAGUAGUCUUGCUACACGGCUUUGUGGGAGUGGGGACAUAUUCUCUGAUGGCCGAGGCCCAGCAUUUUCAUUCAAUUUUAUUGCUAGGAAUUUUGGACUUCCUCUUGUGGACUUGGUCAGCUAUAGUAAUGCUGAGUUAGCUUCAGAAGUAAGUUGGAACUGUGGGGAAGAAGGACCUACAAUUAACACUGCUGUGCUCGAAAGAAGGCUGAAACAAAUUCGUAAUUUUCUCUUUGUUUUGUACAUUUCGCUGGGCAUUCCUGUUCUUAACAUGGGAGAUGAAUGUGGCCACUCUUCCAGUGGUUCCCCGUCAUGUGGUAGCAGAAAACAUUUAGAUUGGAAUACCAUGACAACAGGUUUUGGUAUUCAAACAACAAAGUUUAUCUCAUUCUUGAUUUCGCUUAGAAAGAGCCGAAGUGACCUCCUUCAAAAAAGGAACUUUCUCAAAGAAGAAAACAUUGAAUGGCAUGGAAGCAAUCGGUCACCGCCAGGAUGGGAAGACCCCUCCUGCAAAUUCCUGGCUAUGAGAUUGAAAGCUGAUAAAGCAGAGGGCCAGUUGAGCUCUGAGGCAUCUCAAUUAAAGGGUGACCUGUUUAUUGCCUUCAAUGCAGCUGAUAGAGCGGAGACCAUUAUUCUACCCCCACCUCCAGAUGGGAUGGCAUGGCGUCAAUUAGUCGAUACAGCUUUACCUUACCCCGGCUUUUUCUCAACUGAUGGUAAGCCUAUUUGUGAGCAAAUGAUGGGGUUAGUUGCUUACAAAAUGAAGUCUCGCAGCUGCAUUUUGUUUGAAGCUUGCACUGAUGGUAGUUAAUAAUAUAGUUAACCCUCCAUUUUCUUCAUUGAAAACUUUUUAGAAUAUUAAAUGCUAUAGGAACAACCUUCUUUUCUGUAUCAUUACUUUUGUUGUAUAAUUGUAAUGGCAACAGAUUUAAGUAAGCAAAAACAUUAAAGGUUUUCAGGGUAA